ACCCUCAAGAUUGACGGGCUCUAUCUCUGCAAAAUUCGUGACAACCUCGAUGGUUUAUUCCGACAAUUGUCAAGAAUUGUGAUUUCGCCAGACAGGUUACACAAAAUAGCUAGGACCAUGCCUUUAUUUCAUCCAAUACUUCUGUUGGUUCUGGUAAGCUUCCAAGCCUGCUCCUUUACACAGAGCCAGGAGGCUGCCUCCAACAUGGCCCCACCAGAGGCCACAGAGUAUAACAGAACUGUCUAUGCAGCCUGCAAAAUGAGACCCAGCACCAAACUAGGCGAAGGUCUACCUAACGUGUAUGGACAGGUGCUGUUCAAGCAGGAAUACCCUGAGGGAAGCCUCAAAGUCCUCUUUCUUCUCCAUGGUUUCCCAAGUCACAGUGAUCAUCAGCCAAAAGCCAUCCACAUCCACCAGUACGGGGAUUUCAGCGAGGGCUGCGAUUCCACAGGCGGCCAUUACAACCCUUACAGGGUCCCCCAUCCCAGCCACCCGGGGGACUUUGGGAACUUUGUGGCCCACCAGGGGAGGGUUCACAAGUUGACUGAAUCAAAGGCCACUCUGUUCGGGCGGCUGUCGGUGCUUGGGCGGGCAGUGGUGGUCCAUGAGAAGGCAGACGACCUAGGGCAAGGCGGGGAUACGGGGAGCCUGCUACAUGGUAAUGCUGGGCGGAGGCUGGCGUGCUGCACCAUCGGGAUGAGCAGUCCCAAACUGUGGGAUAAGCACCAUCAUCGACAGCAGAGAAGAAGGGGAUGGGAAUCGUAGUUUAUUCUUCUCUUUUCUUUCUGCGCUCACCACCUUUCAUCGCAGGACAACUUAAGUUCAUUGCUUUAAUUCUAUCCAGACCUAAAUUACAAAAAUGUUUCCUUCUCUUUUAAAGUCAUGUUUAUCUUUUAUUUUAAGGGAUAGGACAAGUUUACCAUAGCUGAUAGCAAUUCAUGUAUCUUGUAUUAAACUUUGAAAGACCUUUUAU